AUGCCUCCCAGGCCAUCUUCAGGGGAAUUAUGGGGCCUCCACCUCAUGCCUCCCAGGAUCCUGGUGGAUUGCCUCUUGCCCAAUGGGAUGAUUCUAACUCUGGAGUGCCUGCGCGAGGCCACGCUCAUAACCAUCAAACAUGAGCUUUUUAAAGAAGCCAGAAAGUAUCCCCUCCAUCACCUCUUGCAGGAGGAGACAUCUUAUAUCUUUGUCAGUGUUACUCAGGAAGCUGAGCGAGAGGAGUUCUUUGACGAGACUCGAAGGCUUUGUGACCUCAGACUUUUUCAGCCCUUCCUUAAGGUCAUUGAACCAGUUGGUAACAGAGAGGAAAAGAUCCUGAAUAGAGAGAUUGGUUUUGCCAUUGGUAUGCCAGUAUGUGAAUUUGACCUAGUCAAAGAUCCUGAGGUUCAGGACUUCAGGAGAAACAUCUUGAAUGUGUGCAAAGACUCUGUGGAACUCAGAGAUGCCAGUGGGCCCCACAGCAGAGCCCUUUAUGUUUAUCCACCGAAUGUAGAAUCCACAAAAGAACUCCCAAAACACAUAUACAGCAAAUUGGACAAAGGUCAAAUUAUUGUUGUAAUUUGGGUUAUUGUUUCUCCAAAUAACGACAAACAAAAGUAUACAUUGAAGAUCAACCAUGACUGUGUGCCUGAGCAGGUGAUUGCUGAGGCCAUUCGUAAGAAGACACGCAGUAUGCUGCUCUCCCCUGAACAACUGAAGAUGUGUGUUCAGGAAUAUCAGGGUAAAUACAUCCUUAAAGUUUGUGGCUGUGAUGAGUACCUGCUGGAAAAGUACCCUAUUAGCCAAUAUAAGUACAUUCGUAGUUGUAUCAUGCUGAGCAGAAUGCCCAACUUGAUGCUCAUGGCUAAGGACAGCCUCUACACCCAGUUGCCUACCGAUAACUUUGUCAUGCCAUCAUACUCCCGUCGCAUCUCCACGGCAUCAUCAUAUAUGAAUGGCGAGGCAGCUGCCAAGUCACUUUGGACCAUCAACGGAACACUGCGGAUCCGGAUCCUCUGUGCUACAUAUGUUAACGUCAAUAUAAGGGACAUAGACAAGAUCUAUGUGAGAACAGGUAUCUAUCAUGGAGGAGAACAGAUGUGUGACAAUGUGAACACGCAGAGGGUUCCCUGCUCUAACCCCAGGUGGAAUGAGUGGCUGACCUAUGACAUGUACAUCCCAGAUGUCCCGCGAGCUGCCAGACUUUGCCUUUCCAUUUGCUCAGUCAAAGGCAGGAAGGGAGCAAAAGAGGAGCACUGUCCACUGGCUUGGGGCAAUAUCAAUCUCUUUGACUACACCCACACUCUGGUAGCAAACAAGAUGGCGUUAAACCUCUGGUCUGUUCCUCAUGGUUUAGAAGAUCUCCUCAAUCCUAUAGGAGUCACUGGUUCCAACCCUAAUAAGGAAACUCCAUGUCUGGAGCUGGAAUUUGACCACUUCAGUAGUCCAGUUAAAUACCCAGACAUGAAUGCUGUGGAGGAUCAUGCUAACUGGACUAUUUCAAGAGAACUGGGGUUUAACUACAAUCUUUCAGGACAGAGCAAUCGUGUAGCGAGAGAUCAUGCUCUGACAGAGAGUGACAUAGAUCAGCUGAGACAACUUAGUAAUAGAGACCCUCUCUCAGAAAUCACAGAACAGGAGAAAGACUUCCUCUGGAGACACAGGCACUAUUGCAUGAAUUUCCCAGAGAUCCUUCCCAAGAUUCUUCUUGCUGUCAAAUGGAACUCCAGAGAUGAAGUAGCCCAGAUGUACUGCCUGUUGAAGGAAUGGCCUUCCAUCCGCCCAGAGCAGGCCUUGGAAUUGUUGGACUGCAACUACCCAGACCCAAUGGUUCGACACUUUGCUGUACGCUGCCUUGAUAAAUACCUGACUGAUGACAAACUAUCUCAGUACCUCAUCCAGCUUGUACAGGUUAUAAAAUAUGAGCAGUAUCUUGACAAUCCUCUGGCUCGUUUUCUACUCAAAAAGGCACUAACCAAUCAAAGGAUAGGACAUUUUUUCUUCUGGCAUCUGAAGGCUGAAAUGCACAAUAAAACUGUGAGUCAAAGGUUCGGGCUACUUUUAGAGGCUUAUUGCAGGGCCUGUGGCAUGUACCUCAAACACCUAAGCAGGCAGGUGGAGGCCAUGGAGAAGCUCAUCAAUCUCACCGAUAUCCUCAAACAGGAGAAAAAGGAUGAGACUCAGAAGGUUCAGAUGCGGUUCCUGGUGGAUCAGAUGAAAAGGCCCGAUUACAUGGAUGCACUACAGAACUUUACCUCACCCCUUAACCCUGCACAUCAACUGGGCAACCUGAGGUUAGAUGAAUGCAGGAUCAUGUCAUCGGCCAAGAGGCCAUUGUGGCUCAACUGGGAAAAUCCAGAUAUCAUGUCUGAGCUACUCUUUCAGAACAAUGAGAUUAUCUUCAAAAACGGAGAUGAUCUGCGCCAAGAUAUGUUGACGUUGCAGAUUAUCAAAAUCAUGGAGAACAUUUGGCAGAAUCAGGGACUGGACUUACGCAUGCUGCCUUAUGGCUGUCUCUCAUUAGGAGACUGUGUGGGUCUUAUCGAGGUGGUUCGCAGCUCACACACUAUCAUGCAGAUUCAGUGUAAAGGUGGCUUGAAAGGGGCUUUGCAGUUCAAUUCAAAUACUCUGCAUCAAUGGCUCAAAGACAAGAACAAGGGCGAGAUGUAUGAUAUGGCUGUGGACCUUUUUACAAGAUCUUGUGCUGGCUACUGUGUAGCCACAUUUAUUCUUGGCAUUGGAGACAGACACAACAGCAACAUCAUGGUUAAAGAUGAUGGACAGUUAUUUCACAUAGACUUUGGACAUUUCCUGGAUCAUAAGAAAAAGAAAUUUGGAUACAAGAGAGAGCGAGUACCCUUUGUAUUGACCCAAGACUUUCUCAUCGUCAUCAGUAAGGGCUCCCAGGAGUGCGCUAAGACCAAAGAGUUUGAGAGGUUCCAGGAAAUGUGUUAUAAAGCUUACCUGGCCAUCCGACAGCAUGCCAACCUGUUCAUCAACCUGUUUUCCAUGAUGUUGGGUUCCGGCAUGCCUGAGUUGCAGUCAUUUGAUGACAUUGCCUACAUUAGGAAGACCUUGGCCCUGGAAAAGACAGAACAGGAGGCAUUGGACUAUUUUAUGAAACAGAUGAAUGACGCUCACCAUGGAGGUUGGACCACCAAGAUGGACUGGAUUUUCCACACUAUCAGACAGCAUGCCCUAAACUAA